AUGCCGUCGGCUCAAAAGAACAAGUCUCAUAAAUCUCGUUUCACAUGCAAGUCAUCUUGUAAUAACCUUCAUAAAACGUCUGGAAUUGACGUUAAAAAGAACAGAAUCGGAAAAUCAGAUUGCCAUGUCGGAAAAGGAGCUAAAGCUGCUCGGUUUCAUCACAUCAAAAUGAUACGAGCUCAGAAAAGAGCUUGCCUAUUGGAAGAGAAAAGGGCUUCAAAUGGAUCAGGAACUCCCCCACGAGUUAUUGUUCUUUUUGGCCUUACCAAAUCUGCAAACGUUAGCGGACUCAAAGAACAACUCACAAGAUUAAUGUCUCCAGAAGAUGCAAAUAAAACCACUAUUGCUUCUCCAUACUACAAAACUAGAGCAACUGUCUUGGAAGCACCCCACAGAGACUUAUUAGCUUGUAUGGAACUCGCGAAGGUUGCAGAUCUGAUUGCUUUCGUAGCGUCAGCCAGCUCGUUAUCUAAAGAAGUCAAUACCUGCUCUUAUAUUGAUUCAUUUGGAAGCCAAUGCCUCUCUGUCUUUAAAGCACUUGGUUUGCCGAGCACUGUUGUUUUAGUUCGUGAUCUUCCUUUGGAACUGAAGAAAAGAAAUGAUAUGAAGAAGACAUGCAUGUCUAGCCUUGCAUCCGAAUUGCCUGAUUCUAAGUUCUAUCCAGCAGAUACAACAGAGGAAUUGCACAAGUUCAUGUGGCUAUUUAAGGAGUACCGGCUCACUGUACCUUUUUGGCGAAGUCAACGCCCUUACCUCAUGGCUCACGAGGUUGAUUUGAUAGUCAAUGAUGGGAGUCCUAAACUCUGUACCCUCCUCCUCUCUGGGUAUUUGCGAGCGCAUGGCCUUUCAGUGAAUCAAUUGGUUCAUGUGUCAGGUUCAGGUGACUUCCAGAUAUCAAAGAUAGAUGUUCUCCAGGAUCCCAAUCCUUUGAAGGCAGGGAGAGAGCAGGACUUGAUGGACUCAGAUGAGUUACAUGGUACACAGAUCAUUCACUCUUUACUUCCUGAUCUGUCAAAACAGCAGUCUUUAGUCACUGAAAAUGACCCUAAACUUCAUGUAAGGGAACAGACUUGGCCUACAGAGAUGGAGAUGACUGAAGCAGAUGAGUGUCAGAGACGAAGCAUAAUUAGCCCCUUCGAGAAUCAGGCUGCCGAGUCUUUUGAGGGUGAAGAUAACCGAAAUUCAGGGAGUGAUUGCUUGCACGGUGAAGACCAAGAGGUUUAUUCAGAUGAGGAUACUGAUGCUGAUACUGUGUUAGAGGAGGAUGAGGACGUUACAAAGGAAAUGAUCCGAGAUGAAGUUCGGAAAAUUAAUGAUGCUCAUGCAGAAGAUGGAGGACCAAAUUGUUUCUAAAUACUGUUUAUAUAAAAAUCUUCCAAGCAAGUCUUGGAUUUCUGCUUAUGGAGAUUUGCUGGAAGGUUCAGCUCUUCUUUUCACAUUCCACUCAUUCAACUUAGCACAUUCCGGUCUCUUGCUGAAGUGAAAUUGUAAAGUGGUUUCCGUAGUUUUCCCUCUUCCUUUGCCUCUGUAAUUUCAACUCAGUUAAAUUUGAAGUAUCUGCUCAGUUUAAAAUAAAGCUCAUGGAGUCAAACUCAACCACAAGACAUGAAGACAACUUGGCGGCAUUAGAUAGAUUACUAACAUAAAAUCAUUUCUGCAUCAGAUACGUAGGUUACUAACAUAAACUCAUGGUCAUAAAAUCAAAAGCUGGUUUAACUGUCACAUUUAGGGGUGCACAUACCCUACCCAUACCCGUCAACCCUACCCUACCCGUCAGUUUUUUAACCAUAUCCUACCCUAUCCACUAUUUGGCGGGUAGGGUGGCGGGUAAAGAUUUUCUUAACCGCCAGUAAACGGAUAGGGUGACGUGUAUAUGCCAUAUCCUACCCAUCCUACCUAGGGAUGCACAUACCCUACUCAUACCCGCCAACCCUAUCCUACCCGCCAGUUUUUUAACCGUAUCCUACCGUAUCCAUUAUUUGGCGGGUAGGGUGGCGGGUAAAGAUUUUCUUAACCGCCA